GAACUACUCUGUAUACGUGGUGACUGGUGGUCUGUAGUCUGUAGAUCUUGUCAUGCACUACACCUGUACACCACUCUGAUGUCAGAUAAAUAAGAAAAAUAUUGUUUAAAAAGAUAAAACGUCAUCAUUAUCAACUGCCGUGUGUCAAAUUGAUUGAAAGAAGGUUACAAAAAUUAGUUUGUGCAAUGGUUUUUUAUUAACCUAUCUCUUUGAGUUUUGACAUAAAUGGUCACUAAAAAUUGUGUAUAGUGUACCAAAGCUAUUUUUACUGUAAAUAACAUGCCUUUAAGCAAAUCCAGGUUGAACACACAUUCCCAUCAUCUGUCUUUUUCCCAAGUGAGCAAUCAAUCUGAACAGAAAAGAAGUGUUGAUGGAUUAGUUCUGUCUGCAAGAAACCGUAGUCCAAGCUGUGCAAGCUUUUCAUCACAAUUAAGUAUGGAGAGCAACCCAGGAAAAACAACAAAAGUAGCCAAAACUUCUGAUACAAGUAUCAAGCAAGGAUUCUGUAAAAUAAUAUUCAGGACUUUGCUACUUGUGCUACUCUACUAUCUUUCAUCCAUUGGACUUACUUUUUACCAAAAAUGGCUUAUGAGAAAACUUCACUAUCCAUUAUCCAUUGUGAUAACUCAUCUAGUUGUAAAAUUUAUGCUUGCUGCUGCUUGUCGGAUUGUGUGGGAAUAUUGGACUAAUCACAAGAGACCAAUCUUAGCUUGGCAGCCAUAUACAGUCCAACUAGCACCUGCAGGAAUUGCUUCUGCACUUGACAUUGGACUUUCUAAUUGGAGUUUAGAAUUCAUCACUGUAUCACUGUAUACUAUGUCAAAAUCCACUGCCAUUAUAUUUAUUAUGGGAUUUGCUUUGCUUUUCAAAUUAGAAAAAAAGCAUUGGACCCUUCUUGUGGUUGUUGUGAUGAUAUCUGGUGGCCUAGUCAUGUUUACUUACCAGGCUACCCAGUUUAAUCUUGGAGGAUUCUUAAUGGUUAUGUUUGCUUCAUUUCUAAGUGGAUUAAGAUGGACUUUAUCGCAAAUGGUGAUGCAGAAAUCAGAAAUGGGCCUAGCAAAUCCUAUUGAUAUGAUGUAUCACAUCCAGCCAUGGAUGAUAGUCACUUUGCUUCCAUUUGCAAUGGCUUUUGAAGGUUUGAGUUUAGCUAUGACCAAGGAUGUCUUCCGUUUCGUUGAUACCUACCACCUAUUCAUAGUUCUCGGAGAAGUUCUAGUAGGGGCAGUUAUUGCUUUUUUCAUGGAACUUACCGAAUAUUUGCUAGUGUCUUAUACUUCGAGUUUGACACUUUCUGUCUCUGGCAUAAUAAAGGAAGUUCUUACGCUAACGCUUGCUGUUCUGAUAACCCACGAUGAAAUGAAUCCAAUCAACGCGGCCGGUCUAGUUAUUUGCCUUCUUGGGAUAACACUUCAUGUAGCCUUAAAGGCUGUAAGAAUUCAUAAUGAAUCCAAAGCGUCAUCCUUGGCAGUUUUCAAAACUAAGCAUGUUGGAGAAGAAGAACUGCUUAUGAAUUUGAUGAACUCUGACAGUGAAGAAAUGGCACCAUAAUUAACUAUAUUCCAUCGUGAGUUACCAUAUCUUAAGAGGCUGAAAGAUUAAGAUUUGGAUCAAGGGCAAUCCUUGCUUUGUUUCAGGAUCAUUUUGAUUUGAAAUUUUGUAUACGUUAAACGUUGAUAGCCUUCCAAAUCGAAUGUAAAAAUGUGCCUGGGUAAUUAUUUUUACAAUGUUGGAUGUGCCGUUUUUCCGUAAAAGAAUAUUCCAGAGGAAAAUAUUUAUUGUAAUUCAAUACACGGGGUGCGCAAGGCGCGCAAACAUA